AUGGAUAGUAAAUUUUACAUUGAAGAUGUCUUUGUUGAAACAUAAAAUGAAAAACUUGAAAUUCCAAAUGCAGAUAAAAAUAAAAUCAUGCAUACACUUGUAUUGUAUUUUCUAUAUAUAAAAAGGAAGAAAAUUUAAAAUAGAAGAAUGAUUUUUUAAAUUCAGAAGAUUAUAAUAAUUUCUAAUAACUACUUGUGAUUUCAUUAAUUACAAUCAACUUCUCUAAUGAUGAUCCCUUUUUUAGACAUAUCACAAUGGUGGUUAAGGCCAUCAGGAAGGCCAUCAAAAAAAGACUUACUCAAGAGACUAUUGACUUACAAACUAAACAGGAAUUUAAAGUAUGAUGAUAUUUUUAAUUGUAGAUUUAAUAGUCUUCUCUCUUCAGAAUCUAUUAUCAAGAUAUUAACAUAGGGUUUAUAACAUCUACUUAACAAAUUAAGUCCACAGCGUUCAUUUUCGUCAAUAAAAAUAUUUUUAAUGAAUUCGUGAACAAGAGAAUGUCAAUUGAACAGAAAGAUUAGUAAGUGAGAUUGACGCUCUACUUUUUCGAUAUCAAUAUUUAGAAAGAAUAAUAAAUUUAGCAGGAUUUUAAAUAUCAGUUCAUGCGAAAUAAUAAGUUCAAAAAUGAGUUUAUUGUAUUGAAUGAGGAAAUUGAUCAAUAGAAAUAAACUACAACAUAUCAUGUGUAUAAGCCUAUGGAUGAUUAAAUUUAUUUUGUUAAAAGAGUAAAAAACAACCUAAUUAUAGAUUUAAUUGUUAAAUAUACCUUUGGAUGUUACAUUUCAAGAUAUAUUUAACACAAAAAGUUCAAUCUAAGAUUUCUUCAAAAUUUAAGAAGCGCGUACACUUUAACGUAUUUCGCAUCCAAACAUUAUCAGACUCUAUGAAUGGUGGUUGGAAAUAAGAAAUUACUAAUUGUUUUUAUACACUCAGAUAGAAUAUUGUAUUUAUCCAGGGUAUAUCUCAUAAUCUAAAAAUCUAUUGAGUUACUCAUAUUUUUAUAUGAACCCCAUGCCUUAGGAAUAAAAGAGCAAACUCAUUAAUGAGAUUCUCUGUUAGAUUAUAAGCGGACUGGAAUGCCUGCAAAAAAAGUAAAUCGUUCAUGGGGAUUUGAAACCUGAAAGUAUCAUGGUUACUAAAAGUAUCACCGGAGACAUAUAGGUAAUAAAUCCAUAUUAUGAAGGUCAUGUUAGCAGAUUUGAAUCAUUCAUAUUCGUGUUAUUAGGAUUUGCAAAAGCUUUAAACCAAGGAUUAUAUGGAAUACAAAUAACAAUGUUUGUAUGCCCUUGGUGUAUUACUGAUGCAUCUGAUCCUCACAUUCCCUGGAGAACCAACACUCAGAAAUAACUAUGUUACGAAAUUUCAGAAUUAUGACAUUGAUGAUUCUCUCAGUGAAUUUGAUAAAUGGGCAUAAAAGUCAGUCAAGAAUAAGAAUAAAGAAUUUUCAUUCUUUUUAUAUAAACGCUACAUGGAAUUAGCAAAAUCUUUAUUAAAGAAAUAAUAAUUUCAUGAAUUACAUGAAGUAAGAACUUUUAUUUAAAAUAAUAAGUAAUUUGAUCAUCUAUUAGUUUGA